AUGGGUGGCGAUCUUGCGACAGGCCGGUUACAGAGGGAGGGAGGUGCCGCCAGCUUACUCCGGGUCUUGGAAGGAGUGGGGCCUGCUGUCACGGAGCGAGUAGUCGCCAUGCUGGACGGGUCAUGCAGUCGGCUCGUGGCGCCCGCAGGGGCGAAGAAGUCUGCCAAUUCAGACUGUCUAGCGCUCCGGAGGCACACCUGGCUACCCUGCACUCGUGACAUCCAAGAAGAGGGAGUCUCCAGAGUCCACCCUUAUAUCAGCAUCCCCAGAGACCCCAUUUACAUUACCAAAGGACUCAGCUGUAAUGGGGACAAUGAUGUAAUAAUGGAGAACUCUGCAGACUCUGAUAACCAGUUCCAGUCCCAGGCAUGGAGCACAGGGAACCUGGGAUCGCGGCAACGGCAGUGGUGGAUGAGGAAAGAGUGCCGGAGGUUUCACCGAGUAGCCACCAACAUUAAGCAUGUGUGCGGGAUGCUGCUAAGCGUUAAGAGAUAUAUAGGAAGAAACAGUGUUGUGGAAUGGGCACUAUUUCAUCUUCAGAUGCAGAUCCACAGCAGGCAUGACUUGCUCUUCAACAUCAGCAGCUUUUCAAAAAACAACAUGAGGAAGGAUUUUGAAAAGCUAAAGAGCCUGUUAUCUAUUUGUCCGAAGCAAAGAACUCAGGAAAACCUCAGACAGAUUCAACUUUGUCUGAAGAAGAACAGAGCAUUUCAAGGUUUUAAGGACACGAUUCAACUGGAGCUCUGUCAGUAUGUCAUAUAUCAAGCGUAUGAAUCAAAAACAUUAGUCUUAAAACAAGGUCACAUACCACGUGAAUGUUAUAUAAUAUUAUCUGGAAGUUUAGCUUCACUCACAGAAGACACAAGAUCAAGAAUACAAAGUAAAAGGUCUUUAUAUGAAGUAGAAGAAGGAGACAUUGUGGGGGAUAUCGCACUUGUCACCGGUGAAAGACUAACCUCCCUUGUAUGUAAAUCCGAUGUGGAACUUCUAGUAAUUGACAAAGAGGCAUUCAAUAAGAUCCUCGCUGCAAAAAUACAAGAGGAAUACUUAAGCUUAUGUCAUUUCUUAAGCACUAAGAAGGUUAUUCACUUAGCCACCGAAGGCAGCCAAGUGAAUAACCGAGCAGAAGUGAACAGAGCCUGA